AUGGGAAUUCCAUACGAACAUCUUGUCAAGCAUACAACUUACGCACUGGUGAAGAGUCGUAAAUCGGAGAUCGGCGAGAGCAGCGAAAGUCAGGAAAAUGCCGCUGAAAAUACGUUUGAUUCAAAUGUGCCUUUGGACGAAUGCUCAGUUGCGCCACCGAUGAACGGCGGUGAGCUGCCGGGUGUUACCGAAGUGAUACGGGGCCUAUCGCCAGAACUCGAUGUUGUCGGACGGAAAGUUUCAUUCAGCACUGCACCAAUAAAGGUUUUCUCAACACAUAGCGUCGUUGAUUACGAUCGCCGAAAUGAUGAGAUUGAUCCGGUUGCAUCGUGUGCGGAGUAUGAGCUGGAGCGACGGCUCGAUAAAAUGCAUAUCUUCGAUGUACAGCUUGAAAAAGGCUCCGAAGGGCUUGGAGUCUCGAUCAUUGGCAUGGGCGUUGGCGCCGAUUCGGGCUUGGAGAAGCUGGGCAUAUUUGUGAAAAGUAUAACGCCCGGUGGAGCAGUACAUCGGAAUGGUCAGAUUCGUGUGUGCGACCAAAUAGUAAGCGUGGAUGGCGUGAGUCUAGUCGGUGUAAGUCAAAUUUUUGCUGCCGAAACAUUACGGGCCACAGGAAGUAAGGUCACGUUCACAAUCGGUCGUGAGGAAAACUUGGAAGAAAGUGAAGUAGCGCAGCUAAUUAGGCAAUCCUUGGAAGCCGAUCGUAUUCGAGAAGCAGAAGAGUUAGACGAUGAUGACGAAGUUGACACCGAUGAUAGCGAAGAACCAACGAUUCUGAAAGAGGAGCGCAAAAUUAGGGAGCGCAUAGCAGAUUUGGAGAUGGAGCUUAGUGAAUCGCAGAAGAAAGCGGAUCAAAUGAAGGAGAUCCUGGAAAGCUCACGUGCACAUUAUGCAAUGCUGGAAAGUAAAUAUGAGCAGGCGAAUCAGCUCUUGAGAAGUUACCAGGAAAGGGAGAAGGAGUUGCUGGAACGUGAAGAGGCACACGUUGACCAGUUGCGCCAAAAAGAUGCUCAUUACAGUGCACUGGUUAGCCAGCUCAAAGAGCGAAUCGAUGAACUGGAGCGACGUCUCGACGAAAUGGCACAACGUUCGAAAUCCCUGUGA